UCCAGCCGUCGGUUGUAAACACGGAUUGCGGCUCUGUCUGUUGUAGAAUUUACACUCAAACCUGCGCAAGGAGAAGAGUUUCAAGAUGCACAUCAAGUCUAUUAUCCUCGAGGGAUUCAAAUCGUACGCGCAGAGGACGGAGAUCAAUGGCUUUGACCCGCUUUUCAACGCCAUCACCGGUCUGAACGGCAGCGGAAAGUCCAACAUCCUGGACUCGAUCUGUUUCCUUCUGGGCAUCUCCAAUCUUUCUCAUGUCCGAGCCUCCAACCUUCAGGACCUGGUUUACAAGAAUGGACAGGGGGGCAUCACCAAAGCCACUGUGUCCAUCACCUUUGACAACUCUAACAAAAGCCAGAGUCCCCUGGGCUUUGAAACCCACGAUGAGAUUACUGUCACCAGACAGGUGGUGAUUGGAGGCAGGAACAAGUACCUCAUCAACGGAGUCAAUGCCAAUAACACCAGAGUGCAGGACUUGUUCUGCUCUGUUGGUCUCAAUGUCAACAACCCGCAUUUCCUCAUCAUGCAGGGAAGGAUCACAAAGGUUUUGAAUAUGAAACCACCAGAGAUUCUGGCUAUGAUUGAGGAGGCCGCAGGCACCAGGAUGUAUGAAUGUAAAAAGAUUAGUGCUCAGAAGACAAUUGAGAAGAAAGAGGCCAAACUGAAAGAAAUCAAUACGAUUUUGGAUGAGGAAAUUACUCCAACUAUGCAGAAACUGCAAGAGGAACGUUCAUCAUACCUGGAGUACCAGAAGCUGAUGCGUGAGAUCCAGCACUUGUCACGGCUGUAUGUGGCCUGGCUGUUUGUGUGUGCAGAGGAAACCAAGGUGAAGUCUGCAGAAAAUCUCAAGGUGAUGCAAGACAACAUUGCCAAGAUGCAGUCCAGCAUAGCGGAGAAUGAGAGCAAAGUGCAGGAGCUCUCAGCCCAGAUCCAGGAGCUGCAGAAGAAAAAAGAUCAGGAAGUGAAUGGAGUAUUAAAAACCCUGGAGGAGACUCUUGCUGAUGCACAGCGUGUGGAUGCCAAAGCUCAGAGUACGCUUGACUUGAAGAAACAGAAUCUGAAAGAUGAAACCAAGAAGAGGAAGGAGCUUGUGAAGAGUAUGGAGGAGGACAAGAAAAUGCUUGUGGUUAAGGAAAAAGAGGUGUCAAAGUUGAGAGAGCAGCUUCAGGCUGUACAGGAAGAGGGGCAGAAAGACGGCGCUGAACUCGAAGCAGCUGAGCAGCACUUCAAAGCUGUGUCGGCAGGUCUUUCCACCAAUGAGGACGGAGAGGAGGCCACGCUUGCUGGGCAGAUGAUGACCUGCAAGAAUGACAUGAGCAAGGCAGACACUGAAGCCAAACAGGCCCAGAUGACCCUAAAGCAUGCUCAAGCCGAGUUGAAGACCAAACAGACGGAGGUGAAAAAGAUGGACAGUGGCUAUAAGAAGGACCAGGACAAUCUGCAGGCCGUCAGAGGAAGCAGAGAGAAGCUUCAGGCUGAGCUCUCAAAGCUCAACUAUGAAGAUGGGAAGGAAGAAAAUCUGCUGGAAACAAGAAGGCAGCUGUCCAGAGAGGUGACCAAACUUAAAGAGACAUAUGAGCGUCUGGUGUCUCGCUUCCCCAACCUGCGCUUUGACUACAAGGAUCCAGAACGAGGAUGGGAUCGUAGCAAAGUGAAGGGCCUGCUUGCAAACCUGAUUACAGUCAAUAAUGCCUCCUGUGCAACAGCGCUGGAGGUCGUGGCAGGAGGAAGGCUUUACAACAUUGUUGUUGACACAGAGGUGACCGGCAAAAAGCUGCUGGAGAAAGGAGAGCUGCAGAGGAGGUACACAAUCAUUCCUCUCAACAAAAUCUCUGCCAAGACUCUGAAUGACAGAGUGGUCAACACUGCCAAGAGCCUGGUUGGAGAAGAAAAUGUUCACACGGCGCUGUCUCUGGUGGGCUACGAGUCUGACCUGCGCAAAGCCAUGGAGUACGUGUUCGGCUCCACGCUGGUGUGCGACACCCUGGACAACGCGAAAAAAGUGGCUUUUGAUAAGCAAGUGAUGACCAAGACCGUCACUCUGGGCGGGGACAUCUUCGACCCCCAGGGAACUCUGAGCGGAGGAGCCCGAUCGCAGUCGGCUUCAGUCCUGUUAAGCCUGCAGGAGGUGAAGGAGGUUCAGGACAGCCUGAAUGAAAAAGAGGCCCAACUUCAGGACACUGAACGACAGCUGGCCGGCCUGAAGGGAACGGCUGAGAAGUACCGCCAGCUGAGGCAGCAGUAUGAGCUGAAGAUGGAGGAGGAGCAGAUUCUGCAGGCCAAAGUGCAGCAGAGCUCCUUCCAUCAGCAGCAAGAGGAACUGGAGAGGCUGCGCAAGGCCAUCGAGGAAAGCGAGGAGACGCUGCGUGUCACCAAGGAUGUGCAGAAGCGAGCUGAGGAGAAAUAUAAAGUGCUGGAGAACAAGAUGAAGAACGCUGAGGCGGAGAGGGAGAAAGAGCUGAAAGCCGCCCAGCAGAGACUCAACACAGCCAAGGCCAAAGCUGACGCCUUCAAUAAGAAGUUGAAGCAAAAGCAGCAGGAGUCGGACGCUGUAGCUCUGGAGCUGGAGGAGCUGCAGAGGGAGCAGGCUGGUUAUGAGCAGCAGAUUCAGGCCGUGGACGAGGCCAUGAAGGCCAUCCAGGAGCAGAUCGACAGCAUGGCCAGCACCGUUUCCCAGAACAAGGAGGCAGUACGUACAGCCCAGGAGGAGCUGACCAAACAGAAAGAAAUCAUCAUGGCACAAGACAAGGAGCUGAAGGCAAAAAGCUUAGAAGCCGACAGCAUUCGAGAACAGAACAAUGACGCUCAACUGAAGAUUAAGGAGCUUGAACACAACAUCAGCAAGCACCGCAAAGACAGUCAGGACGCUGCCGACAAGGUGUCCCGCAUGCUGCAGGAACACGACUGGAUCCACUCAGAGCGUCAAUUCUUCGGCCAGCCAAACACCUCUUAUGACUUCAAGACCAACAACCCCCGUGAGGCGGGCCAGCGGCUGAAGAAACUGGAGGAGACCACCACCAAGCUGGAGAGGAACGUCAACAAGAGGGCCAUGAACAUGCUGAACGAGGCGGAGGAAAGGUACAAUGACCUGAUGAAGAAGAAGAGGAUUGUAGAGAACGACAAAGCCAAAAUCCUGCAGACCAUCGAGGAGCUGGACCAGAAGAAGAACGAGGCUCUGAACUUGGCAUGGCAGAAGGUAAACAAAGACUUUGGCUCCAUCUUUUCCACAUUGCUGCCAGGAGCCACAGCAAAGCUGGCCCCUCCCCAAGGCUGUGGGGUCCUGGAGGGCCUCGAGUUCAAGGUCGCCCUCGGCAACAUCUGGAAGGAGAACCUUACCGAGCUGAGUGGAGGGCAGAGGUCACUGGUGGCCUUGUCGCUCAUCCUGGCUAUGCUGCUUUUCAAGCCUGCCCCCAUCUACAUCUUGGAUGAGGUGGAUGCAGCUCUGGAUCUGUCGCACACACAGAACAUCGGACAGAUGCUCCGUGCACACUUUCGACACUCUCAGUUUGUCGUGGUGUCCCUGAAAGACGGCAUGUUCACAAACGCCAACGUCCUGUUCAAGACCAAGUUUGUUGACGGUAUGUCCACCGUGACUCGCACUGCGCUCAGCCAAAGUGAUGCCAACCUCCCACACAAGAGCCAAGACAAAGGUCGUCAGAAAGACAAGAGGAACAAACAGCUCAUCAGCUAAUCGCUGCACUGAUGCUCCGGGGCCGGACAGUCGCAGUUCAAACCUCUCUCCUGUCAUGUCUUUAGAAUCCAUUAAGUUAUGGGACGUUCUCGCUUUUCAUUCUGUAAGGUUUGUGUUUCUCUACUCAUGUUCAUCCUGUUUUAUGCCUACUUUGGCCUUCAUUUCUUUGUUCACGUUUUUGUAAAUGUACUUUUGUCUCAAGCGUCCUCAGUUAUCUUAGUAACCAUCCGGACAUGCGCUUUGACUUCAAGUCAACUUUUAUAUGAAACUAAUGAGUCCAUAUUUUAAUAAAGAA